AUGGAUAAAGAUAAAUGUUUACCAAAGUUAACCCAAAACUUUCUAGAAAUUUUGGAAGAUGACGAAUAUUAUGAUAUUACUAUUGAAGUUGUUUUGUCAAAAAAUAGAAAGAAGAAUGAUGAAACUUUGGUGCAUGUUACAUUCCCAAACCUUUCACCUGAAAUUUUUCAAAUAAUUUUAAGAUACAUUUACGGAGGAAGGCUUUCUUUGGAUGGUUUUGAUGAUUCGGAAAUUUUUAAAACCUUGAUUGUCGCCAAUGAAUUAGAUCUUCAGGAGUUAAUACCUUAUUUACAAUCUAUUUUGAUUGAAAACAAGGAAAAUUGGUCGAAUGAAAAUUUAAAUCUGAUAUAUCAAACAAGUUUAGAAAGUGAUUCUUACCUUGAACUUAAAAAU